UUCAGUUUGAAGAUAUUGCAGUGUUCAAUUCAACUGAAUUGCAGCAAUGUUUGGUGCAAAAGCUUUGAUUUUGUUGAGAACAAAAUGGAAAUGGAAAUUGAAUCCAAUAAACUGUGUUGCGUGCUUUUCUUCUUCAUUUUCAUCUUCUUCACAUCACGUGAAGUUCAAAGCUCCCAUUGAUAUGGCUGCAAAAGAUGGUGAAUUUAGGGUUUUCCUUGUUGCUGGUGAAGUUUCCGGUGAUUCCAUUGCCUCUCGUCUCAUGGCUUCGCUUAAACUUCUCUCUCCUUUCCCUGUUCGUUUUUCCGGCAUUGGAGGGAUUAAGAUGAAAAGUGAAGGAUUGGAAUCUUUGUUUCCUAUUGAAGAUAUCUCAGUAAUGGGGAUUUGGGAAUUAUUGCCACAUUUGUAUAGAAUUAAAGUGAGAUUGAAUGAAGCUGUAGAAGCAGCUACUCUAUUUGAGCCUCAUGUUGUAGUAACAGUUGAUUCUAAGGGCUUUUCUUUUCGGUUCUUGAAACGGCUAAGAGCUAGAUACAAUCAGCAGAAGUUGCAUUCGCCGGCACAUUUUCACUAUGUAGCACCAUCAUUCUGGGCAUGGAAGGGAGGUGAAGAAAGGCUAAAAGGACUGGCAGAAUUUGUGGAUCAUCUGUUGUGUAUACUUCCAAAUGAGGAUACAAUUUGUAGAUUGAAUGGAUUAUCUGCAACCUUUGUUGGGCAUCCUGUUUUGGAAGACGUUAUGGAGUUGAAUUCGAGAAACAGUUCCUCAAAAAAUGAAUGGAGGGCUGAAGGAAAUGGUGGAGACUUCCGAAGGAAACAUGAAGUGCCCCCAGGAGCCACUGUUAUUAGCUUGCUUCCUGGAAGCAGAAUACAAGAGGUCAGCCGGAUGCUACCCAUCUUCGCCAAUACAAUGGAACUACUGAAAGACAACGUUCCACAGUUGAUGACUGCCAUUCAUGUUGCACCUAAUGAGCAUGUGGAAAACUUCAUUGGUGGUGCUGUUCAUAGAUGGCCUGUGCCUGUUGUAUUGAUUCCAGGUGGAACAACACACAUGAGAUAUGAUGCUUUUAGUGCUAGUAGAGUUGCAUUGUGCACAUCUGGGACAGUUGCUGUGGAGCUGCAGCUUGCACGUUUACCUUGUGUUGUGGCAUAUCGUGCCCAUAUUUUGACUGAAUGGUUUAUCAAGUACAAGGCAAAAAUACAAUACAUAUCACUUCCCAAUAUUCUUUUGGAUUCAGCCAUUAUUCCUGAAGCACUCUUCCAAUCCUGCAAACCCGAAAACCUAGCCUUAUUGCUCAACGAUUUAAUACCUGAUCAUGUUUGUCGAGAAGAACAAAUAAUUGCAGCGCAAAAGUUUGUCAAGCUUUUAAUGCCUUCAGAAAGAAUGAAGCACAACCUUGCAAAGCAAAAUUUGAUGAGAACUUGUUCUGAUUACAGUCCAAGUGCCAUUGCAGCAUUGACUAUCUUAAACUAUGGGAAGCCUGUGAUUCAUGACUAAUAUAAAAGGACUUUUUAUCGAUGAAGUCUCUGUGGCAUUGGAUUUUUUUUUUUACAAAAGUUGAAGGUUUAAAGCAGUUAUACAUGUAAAUCAGUUAGUACUUGCUAGUUAUAAUGGUGUUCUUUCUAUUGCUGUUCUUGAUAGAAGCCAUUGAUUAUGAAUCCAAGCAAUGAUGUAAAAACCUGCAGGAUCAAAUUAAACCCUUCUAAUAAAAACCCUGUUGGUUAUGAAAAG